ACCCUUCCGUGGCUCCAUGGAACCAGCCAGGCACCGGCCACGGCCAUAAUGUCCUCCCGAAACCCCGCAAAGGGCAAACCCCCGACCACCACCACCACUACCACAGCCGACCGCCGCUCUGCAAACUACGCGUCGUCGACACGGCCCCGCGUCCCUUCUGGCAGCGGGGAGCGGGAACGAGAUCGAGAACGCGAUGACGAACGACGCAGCUCCGCAACCGCCUCCCACGUCCGUAACAAGCCCGCCGGUCUCGUCGAGCGAACCACGGAAAAGCGCGAAGUCAGAGAGCGCGAGACCGAGAUACGGCGCACCAGAAGCCCGUUGAAGCAUUCCACCGCUGUCCAUACCCGCACGAAAUCGGAGAGAUCGAGGCCGGAUCGGGAGAGAGAAAAGGAUAGAGUAGGCGACAGGAAGCCUCCAGAAGAUCCUCCAGCGCCAUGGGAUCCCCAUGCCAGGCUGGUCCCCCAUACUAGUGCUCCUCUCGCAACCCGCAUCUCUAUUCCUCCAUUGGCCUCGACCGCCCCAUCCAUACUACAGCCUACACCCCUCGUCCAGCUUUCCUUGGAGCAGCAGGAACACGCCAUCAUCGAGGAUCUUCUGUUCGUCUUCAUGGGGUUCGAGGGCCAAUACAUACGCUUCGCCGACACCUACAACCCUCACGAAGAGAAGGACCGGUUGCUUGGUCCUCAAUUCCGCAUCCUGUCCGGUUUAGAUCCCAGCCUUCGUGACCUGACCAAGUCUAUGCUGAAGAUGGCCACUCAUUACAUUGCCGUCGAGACAUGCGUCGAGGUUUUGAGCCGCGAGGAAUACGGCGCCGUAAAUCAUUCCCUUUGCGCCGCGGUGCGCCGCUUGCUCAAAGAUUACCUGACCUUGAUGGCCCAAUUGGAGCAUCAAAUGUUGACCAAUGAAUCCUUCACUUUACAUGUAUUGAACUUGCACACGAAACAAACUAGCCACAUGCUUUUCCAGCUGUACACAACCGGGGUGGAACUGCUCAAGGCGAACGGCAUACUGGAAGAUGAUGGAUCGGAAUCUUCCGAGGAUGAUGACGAUGACCUAGAAGGAAUAUUGGAAAGCUUAAGGGAGGGAGGGAACGUACAGCUCUCGAGUAAAAAGAUAUGUAAGGGAGGCAGCGUGCUAGGGCUGAUCACACGGAGACUGGCGACCAUGUCAGGGGAUCCGGCAGCCAGAGAGCUGCUCACAACACUUUUACGAGAGGCCAGUAAGCCCUACAUGGCUAUGCUAAACGAAUGGCUACAUCACGGAGGCAUAAGGGAUCCCCACGCCGAAUUUCUCAUCAAAGAGCAAAAGAGUAUCAAGAGGGAGAGGUUAGAUCAGGACUACACUGAUGAGUACUGGGAGAAGCGAUACACGAUGCGAGAUGCCCUAGUCCCACCUCAACUUGAGGGGGUCAAGGAUAAAGUCCUGUUGGCAGGGAAAUAUCUCAAUGUUGUUCGUGAAUGUGGGGGAGUCGAUAUCAGUAAGACUGUGCAAGAUGUUCCCUCUUCCUUCGAUGACGCUCGUUUCCUGGACAAUGUAAACUCUGCGUACGACUAUGCCAAUUCAUCUCUGUUCAACCUUCUCCUCACAACACACCAACUGCCUGCCCGUUUACGAUCCUUGAAGCACUACUUCUUCCUUGAUCGAUCCGACUUCUUCACCUACUUCCUCGAAUUGGGCGCCUCUGAACUCAAGAAACCCGCCAAAAAUGUCAACAUUGGAAAAUUGCAAAGUUUAUUGGACAUCGUUGUCCGCCAACCCGGCUCUGUCGCAGCCGAAGACCCCUAUAAGGAAGAUGUUAAGGUGCAGAUAAACGUCACGGGCUUAACCAACUGGCUCAUGAAAAUUGUAACAGUGACCGGACUGGACCAAGAAGCUGCGAAUGCGGGGACCAUCUUUACACCCGCCACAAAUGCUGCCGCAGCCUCCGUUACUGACGAUAGUAAUAUCACUGGUUUCCAGGCCCUCGUCUUUGACUACGCCAUGCCCUUCCCGCUCUCUCUUGUUGUGAGUCGAGUCACAUUGACGCGCUAUCAGCUUCUCUUCCGUUAUUUACUCUCCCUCCGACACCUCGAAACCAGCCUUGUCGAGUGUUGGAGUGAGCAGGGCAAGAAUGCGGCAUGGAAAUAUCGGUCUAGAAACGCCAGGAUCGAACUCUGGAAAAGGAAAGCCUGGACACUACGGGCGCGCAUGUUAGUGUUCGUUCAGCAGCUAUUGUAUUAUUGCACUGCCGAAGUCAUUGAGCCGAACUGGGUUGCCCUCAUGGAGAGGUUGACUGAGGAGAGUGGAGAGGGGAAAACCAGAGAUGGGCAAAAAAGAACGGUCGACGAGUUGAUGCAGGAUCAUGUGGAUUUCCUGGCUACCUGUUUGAAAGAAUGCAUGCUUACUAACAGUAAGCUGCUACGAAUCAACAACAAAAUCAUGUCGACUUGCGCCAUGUUCGCCACCUUCACACAAAACCUUUCGCGGUACCUCAUCGUCGCCGAUCCAGAUCUCGUCGCCCGCGCAAACGCGCAGGCAAGUUCUUCCUCUUCCUCAGCCAACCCAUCGUCACGCACACCCGCACCCCUGUCCUCGCAACGAAGUUCCAAAGCCUCGCCUUACGUAUACGACCCGCAACGCGUCGACAAGAUGUUCGACAUGUUGGGCAAGUACGAGGAGAACUUUGCGCGCCAUCUGAAGAUACUGCUCGACACGUUGAAUUACCUCGCUGCUACAGAGACAGUUGUGUUUUUGAGCUUGUGUGCGAGACUAGCUUGUGCGGGAGAAGGCGGGAUGGUGUCCAUGGCAGUGGAAGGCUUUGGGGUGUAG